AGCGCUGUUGACUCGCGGCUAGAGUUAGGAAGUCGGGAUGCGGCUAAUCUCAGCUUAAACCUUCGGCUGAUGGUGCCGGCGGGGCACGGAGCGGCUCUGGGACAGUGGGGCCGACCCCUGGCAGUGUGUUCCUCUGGUGAGCCUUGGUAGUCCGUUCCUCUAGGAUAGAACCAGCCCCCACCCUCUUGUCAGGGAUCUGGCGGACGCUUCUGCCUGGCUGCCCCGCCGCGCCCCACAUUCGGUGUCGAACAGCUGUGAGGAGCAGAUGUGCGGCCGGGGCGCUGGGGGGGGGGUGGGCAGUUCUCUCCCUGUCGCUCACAGCCCCCGCCAACAUCUUCGUGACCCUCUCCCAGGCUGUCCGAACGCUGACGUAGAGCAAGCCGUCCUGAACCGUCAUGGAGAAGUUUGGGAUGAAUUUUGGGGGCGGCCCGAGCAAGAGGGACCUGCUGGAGACCAUUGAGACGCAGAAGAAGCAGCUCCUCCAGUACCAGGCACGUCUCAAGGAUGUAGUCCGCGCCUAUAAAAGCCUGCUGAAAGAGAAAGAGGCGCUGGAGGCCAGCAUUAAGGUGCUGUCGGUAUCCCACGAGGCGGAUGUGGGCCUUGCAGGCGUCCAGCCUCAAGGCCUCACCUUUCCCGACUCUGUGGAUGAUCGAUGCUCCACUCAUAGCGAAGACAGCACUGGGACCGCCACCAGCUUGGAUACUGCCGCCAGUCUCACCAGUACCAAGGGUGAGUUUGGGGUUGAAGAUGACAGACCGGCCUGUGGACCACCACCUCCAAAGUCCGAGGAGGCCAGCGGGUCAGAGAGCGGCGUUAGCAGUAGCAGUGGGGAUGGACCGUCCGGAGGUGGUGAGGUGGACAAACGAGUGCACCAGCUAAAGACUCAGUUGGCUACUUUGACCAGCUCUUUGGCCACAGUCACCCAGGAGAAGUCCCGCAUGGAAGCUUCUUAUCUGGCUGACAAAAAGAAGAUGAAACAGGACCUAGAGGAUGCCAGUAAAAAGUUAGAGGAGGAGAGGGGCCGUCUGGAAGGAGAAUUGAAGGGGCUGCAGGAGCAGGUAGCAGAAACCAAAGCCCGACUUAUCACACAACAGCAUGAUCGGGCCCAAGAGCAGAGUGACCAUGCCCUGAUGCUGCGUGAGCUCCAGAAACUGCUGCAGGAGGAGAGGACUCAGCGCCAGGACUUGGAGCUUCGGUUGGAAGAGACUCGAGAAGCUCUGGCUGGACAGGCCUAUGCAGCCGGUCAGGUGGAAGGGUUUGAACUGCAGACCAAGCAGCUGACCCGUGAGGUGGAGGAGCUGAAAGGUGAGCUACAGGCUCUUCGAGAUGAGAAGAAUCGGCCGGACCCCCGACUGCAGGAGCUUCAGGAAGAGGCCGCUUGCCUUAAGAGCCAUUUCCAGGCUCAGUUGCAGCAGGAAAUGAGGAAGACAGCCCUGGCCGAGGAUCAGCUCCGCCAGCAAUCGCAGGUGGAAGAGCAGAGGGUGGCAGCCCUGGAAAAUCAAAUAUCCGAGGUGUCAGAACUGCUGGGCACCUAUGAGAAAGCCAAGCAAAAGGACCAGCUGACCAUCCAGAAGCUGAAGGAGCGCAUUCUGCAGCUGGACCUGGAGAACAGGACGCUGGCGCUGGCGGCCUCCAGCCGGUCCCCUCUGGACAGCCAUGGAGAGGAGUCCAGUCUGGAUGUCAAUGUCCUGAAGGACAAGAUGGAGAAGCUGAAGAGGCUGCUGCAGGUCGCAGCCCGGAAGAGCCAGGUGGCCUUGGACGUGGAGAAGCUCUGCGACCUGGAGAUGAUGCCCAGCUCGGAGGCUGCCGACGGGGAGAAGGCUACGGUGCUCUACUACCAGCAGGAGCUGAAACAGCUGAAGGAGGAGUUUGAGAGGUACAAGAUGCGGGCUCAGGUCGUCCUCAAGAGCAAGAACACCAAAGACGGGAACCUGGGCAAGGAGCUGGAGGAAGCCCAGGAGCAGCUGGCCGAGCUGAAGGAGAAGUACAUCUCGCUGCGGCUGUCGUGUGAGGAGCUCGAGCGCCAGCACCAGCAGGAAGCCGAGGGUUGGAAGCAGGAGCUGGCCCGGCUGCAGCACACCCACCGGCAGGAGCUGGAGCGGAGCCAGCUGGACUUCAGGGACCGCACGCUCAAGCUGGAGGAGGAGCUGCACAAGCAGCGGGACCGCGCCCUGGCUGUGCUGGCCGAGAAGGACCUGGAGUUGGAGCAGCUGCGUUCCGUGGCCUUGUCCUCCGGGCUGCCGGGACGCAGAAGCCCCGUGGGUGGCUCGGGGCCUGGAGACCCCGCCGACACAUCUUCCCCGGACAGCCUGACGCAAGCCCUGCAACUUGCUGCCGCCAGCGAGCCCACUUUCUUCCUGUACGCCGAGCAGUUGGCUCGCAAGGAGGUGGAGAUCACAUCGCUGAGGAAGCAGAGACACCGGCUGGAGGUGGAGGUGCAUCAGCUGCAGGAUCGGCUGCUGGAGGAGGGGGAGCGGCAUCGAGAGGAGGUGGGAGCCCUGCAGAGCCACAUUGAAAAGAACAUCAGGGACCAGAGCCGGGAGGGGGCCAACCUGGAGUACCUCAAGAACAUCAUCUACCGCUUCCUGACCUUGCCCGACGCCCUGGGCCGCCAGCAGACGCUCACAGCCAUCCUCACUAUCUUGCACUUCAGUCCCGAGGAGAAGCAAGUCAUUAUGCGGCUCCCGGCCGCGGGUAGUUGGUGGCCUUCUGGCAAGAGAUGAUGCCACUUUCACAAACUCCUCACAAUGUCUGUGCCUCUUCUGUGGGGAGGGACAGGAUCUGGUGUCUCCUGCCUCUUCUCUUAGAUGAUCGCUCAUUUCUUCUCUGUGUUGAACUGGGAGGAAUCCUUGAGGUGGGCUGGGAUUUUUCCGCAAGAUGCCACUAAGGCCGUUUUAUCCUUGGGCCCUAGAGAGGCUGAAGGUGUUGGGACAGCAUCUUCGGGUGGUAUGUGUGCUGGGGAGGAGGGGGAAGGGGUUAGGAUGGAGAGGUGCAAAAAAGUUGAAGACGUGAGAGCAUUGAGAGUCUUUUAAAUUUUAAAAUCGGUUUUUUGUGGGGUUUUGUUUUUUGUUUUGGUUUUAAUAUCAUACUCCUAGCUCAGAGCUUGGAGUACAUGUGACUCCAAAGGGAGUUCAGUUACUUUCUAAACGUGCACAGGGACCAGAUAUUUACUCCAUCUCAUCACGGUCUUGAGCCUGGUUCACUGCUGCCCCAAUUCUCUGGGGACGUAAAUCCGGGCUGGAGAGGGACCGGGAAGUUUGAAAUUGCGACAUAUUCUCCCCUAGCCCAGAGGGCAAAGGAAUAGUUCAUCCUGUAACUGUAGAGCUUGGGCUAGUUAGGGCUGGCUACGACCUAAUCGGAGUGGACAGAACACACCACUUGUGACCAUCCUGGACAGAGCUCUGAGCCCCAGUGGGGUCGUAGGGAUUUGCCGAGUGACCUGCUUUUGGCCUGGAUAGGGUUGUAAUAGACCUCUCUCGCUUGUCCCUGCCUUAGCCUGUCUGCCCAAGGUUGGCCUGAGAUUGUGAGUGAAUGACUUGCUGUCUUUUCCCCAAUACUGGACUUCCAUUAAGACCAAAAAAAAAAAAAAAAAAGAAAAGAAAUUCUAACUGCUUCCAGAAAGGGUCUAAUGACCAGGAAGCUCCGCUCCCGCCUGGAUGCAAGGACUCGGCUCAGACAUUUACAUCCCCCUCCCCCAGCUGGUUCUGCCUUUGCAGGGACAGGGAAGAAGGGGAUGAGUUGCUGCAGAGGAUUCCGGAAGGUUGCUCUGACCCUCAUAGGAAGUGGUGGAAGUUCAGCUGAGGCCAGGCUGGGGUACUUGCUGCUCCGUUGAGAGCAUUCUGGCUAAAUCUCCCUGUCCCUGCAGCCAGGGUAUUUGCAUUCUUGUCACCAGGGUACUUUGCUCCCUCAGGGAGGUAAUAAGAGUUUCACAAGCCUGACCUGCCCCGCUCGUUACUGCUUAAAGGAGGGUUGCAGAAAGUUGGGCUCAGACAGUGUCACUUCCCUAGUCCUUGCUUUCAUCAUCUUUUCUUGCUGGUUGUGGAGAUAUUUAGACCCUAAAGACCAAAGCUUUGCCACUGACUGGACUAAUGUGUCUUUCUGUUAUUUCACCACAGUGAUCUGUUUCAUAAGGGUUUGGGGUACAGGAUACUUUAAUUAAAUGUUCUGGUUGGAGAGUUCCCGCUGUGACACAGUGGGUUAAGAAUCUGACUGCAGUGGCUCGGGUUGCUGCAGAGGUGCAGGUUCAAUCCCUGACCUGACCGCGAUGGGUUAAGGAUUCAGCCUUGCUGCACCUCUGGCUCGGAUUCAGUCCCUGGCACGGGAAUUUCCACAUGCCAGCAGGUGUGGCCUUAAAAAAAAGAGAGAAGAUGUUCUGGUUGAGAGGCUGAGUGACUUGGUCUCUUUACUGUAAGCAGACUUAAUGGAACAGAAGUGAUGUGUUCAAGUGAUAAUACCGUCAACCGCAGAAUCAUUAAACCUGGCCAACUUGA